AAAUGUUGAUCACGUGAUGACUUUACACUGGUAGCAAGCUACCCUAAACUUGUCGGCUUGAGAGAAGUCACAAGAUGUCAGAAAACACAGUUGUUGUUGGGUCCAGGAAGAGUCAGUUGGCCUUGAUACAGACAAACACCAUCAUUACAAAAUUAAAAGAAUGUCAUCCAAGAUUAGAGAAAACUAUACAUACAAUUACUAUGUCCACUACAGGUGAUAAUAUUUUGGAUUCUGCAUUAUCAAAGAUUGGAGAGAAGUCCCUAUUUACCAGAGAACUUGAAAAUGCUUUAAAAGAAAAACAAGUAGACUUUGUUGUCCAUUCUUUAAAAGAUUUACCAACUACUUUACCAGAUGGUUUAACUAUAGGCUGUGUUUACAGACGUGAUGAUCCUUGUGAUGCAGUUGUAAUGAGUUUUGGUAAUCGUGAUAAAACAUUAGCUGAUCUACCAGAUGGGAGUAUUAUUGGAACUAGUUCAUUAAGAAGAUCUGCACAGAUAAAGAGAAAAUAUCCCAAUUUAGUUAUACAAGAUAUUCGUGGUAAUCUCAAUACUCGACUGAGUAAAUUAAAUGAAAGUAAUUAUGAUGCUAUUAUAUUGGCCAAAGCUGGAUUAGAAAGAAUGGGCUGGCAUGAUGUAAUAAAAGAGGUUUUAACACCAGAUAUAUGUAUGUAUUGUGUUGGUCAAGGAGCAUUAGCUGUAGAAUGUCGAGCUGAUGAUGAAGAAACGCUAAGAUUAUUGUCACCUUUACAUGAUAAUGACACAGCAUUAAGAUGUAUUGCUGAACGAGCUUAUUUAAAGAAAUUGGAAGGUGGUUGUAGUGUUCCAGUUUGUGUUCAAACAGAAAUAAAGAAUGGAGAAUUAAUGAUAAGAGGUGGUGUAUACAGUAUAGAUGGUGAAGAAUCAGUACUUGAUUCACUCACAGAAAAACUGCCAUUAACAGAUGACUCUGAACCUAAACAAAAAAAGGCAAGGAAGACAAAACGACAUCAGUAUGCAGGAAUAAUUGAAUCUGAUAGUAUGUCGCAUGAGAUGUUUUUAUUAGCUGAACAACUUGGUACACGAUUAGCAGAGAAAAUGUUAAGUAAUGGUGCUGAUACUAUUUUAACUAAAACAAAAUCGAUAAUGGCUGAAGAAAUUAGGAAAGAAAUGGCAAAAAAAGAAGCAAUGAAAAAGGAAAAAUUAGAAUCUGAAGCCCAAACCAGUCAAGCAUCCAGUCAAACAUCCAGUUUAGUGUAGAGGACAAAAACCUGCAUAGAGUCCACAUGUAUUUAUAUACACCCAUAUUCCUGAAGCAGUGGCCCGAGAAAUCCCUCUAGCCAUUGCUAUACUUAGACUGAAAACUUGAGUUUUUGACGGAGUGUGUCCAUUCUCAUCAUCCAAUCAAAUCUCUCCUGAGUACAGUAAAAUAAAGGGGAUUUUUAUGACUGCUGCUUAAUGAGGGUGACCUCUUUAAAAACAAAAUCCCGGUGUUAGUUGGUGCUGAUUUCAAGAAAAAUUUUACCAUAGCCUUGGAUGCAUCAGGAGCAAACAUCGAUACUCGCAUCGGUUAAUUUGGCCGUCGCAGAAACUCGCUAUUGGAACGAAAAUUCUUUGCCUCAAAUCUCCGAUAUAAAUUCUACCUUUAAUUAUUUGAUAAUAUUUAUCCAUUUUUGUGAUGAAAAUCCAUGAAUUAUUUAUUUUAUCAAAAAAUAUGUAACAUGACGGCCCUUCUGUUUGAUCUGUGGUCUUUAGAUAGUUGAUAAAAUGUAUUAAAAGAUAGUGAAAAUAUUGAUCAUCUGCUGUGUGCUCCAAGAGAUGAUAAAAAGAUUCCAUGUGUGCGGCGAUUACCCAGUGUUUACAUUGUAGCUAUUUUGGAUAGCCUUGUUUAUCACAUAAUUAGUUUCUCUGUAAUAUUCUGUCAUGCACUACGUGUAGUUCAUUGAGCGUAAUACAAUUCGCUCAUUAUGACGUAAUGUAGCCGCGGUUGUCACCAGACACUUCACGGUAACAUAUUUAGAGCUGGUUAAUCCCGAUUGAUUUAGUGUUUGUGUGGGAAGGUCUAAUCAAACGAAACACUGCGAGGAGUGUGAUAUACAUCAUAUUUAAAGUAGCCAAGUCUCUUACUCAUUUUUAUCCCAAGUCUUCGACAUUGAAAACACAAAUUAUUUGUCAGUUUAAAUCAACAUUGAUGUUGUGAUCUUACCUGGAAAAGAUAGGCUUCUGAUAUCGAAUAUUUAAGACAAAAUUAACAUUUUGACAUGGUACACAAAUUGUGUACCAUAAUGCGUUUCAGCGCCAUUUGUAACAAGGGACUCCAAGAACGAGGCUAGACAUAUUCCACAAGUCAUGUCAAACGGUGACGCCAUAUUCUUAUCUGGAGAGCAUGCACAAUAAACACUCUCAGUGUAGACUGGAAUAAUCAGACGCUAGAGAUUGCCAUUUGAUUGAGACUUCUGGCAUAUUUUGCCGAACAUAACUGAUUUGAAAUUAGAGUAAAAAGGGAAACAAUAGAAUUUAAUUCAUCUUACAUUAUUAUAUGCAUUGUAACCCAUUUGUGUCAAUUUCUAGGUCCCAAAUAUUAGCGAUUUAGUUCCUUUAAGUCCAUUUUAAAAUAGUCCAUCAGCCGAGCAAUUUAUCGAAACAGUCUCACUAAUAAGAAAUAAGACCGGCCAUACCUGAUAAUAAUCUCAGCAGUUUGAAGUUUUUGACUUGGCUUAAGUAUAAACUGCAGAACCUAUAUUGUAAUCUAAGGUGUCAUGUAUAGGAAUAUCAUUACAAUGUAAGAAUAGUACAACCACCUUCUAACAUAACCCAUGCUCUGUGGAUGGUCAGCUGAUCCUACUUGUUUGACUACUAGAAAGUACAUUAUUACAUGUAUUUAUUGAAUCAAAUUAUUAUCAGCAAACAAUUUAUAAAUAAUUGCUACAUGGAAAGGUUAUCUUGCGAUUGCAUUUUUAACAUAGUGAUCUGAAAAUAUAACUGCCAUAUCAAAAAAUCCUGAAAAAUAUUAUUCCAUCCAAUCCUUUCUAUUUUUAUUGCCUUACAGUCAAAACACAAUUCAUUUGGGUUUUUUACUUGAUUUUACUUAUUUUUAUUUAACAAGGAAAUCUGUUGAUUAAUAUGGCAUAUUAUAUGAUUUAAUAAUCCAGGAAAUAGUUGAGAUUUAAUCAAAACUAUGCUAUAAAUAUGCUAAAUAUUUAAAAGGACGAGAAUGGCAAUUAAUCAAAUGACGAUAAUUUAUUAAGGAAGAUAAUGUUUAAUGUUUAUCAUGGAUAGUCAGUACAUUUCAAAUAAUGCAUGAGUUCGUUAUUCAGAUCUAACUACCAGAAUAAACAGCAGCAUAAGAUCCAUAAUCAUAUAUAGUACCGCUGUACAGUACAUUUAAACCUAUAAUAAUCUCUGAAUAAAUAAAUAUAAGUGCUUUUAUUGUUAACAUAUAUUGUAAGUGUUUUAUUUUUUUUAUUUUUUAUGUACUAGAUUUUAAGGAAAUCCGAACAGCAUUAAUUACUAUAUAACAUUUUUAUGUGUUUUAAUAAAUUCUAGGUUUAUCAGAAUUUUUUAUCAAUGUACAUGUAGUUCCAUUUUUCUUCACUAUUUCUUUGUCUUUUCUAUAAGAUAAAAAUUGAUAGUACAUGUAUGUAUAAGCACUAUAAGCUAAUUAAGAUAUUAUUAGAGAUUUAAAAUAUAAUUCUGCUAUAUAAUAUAAUAUUUGGGUUUUUUUUUAUGAACUUGUAAUAUACAUGUAUAUUAUAAACUGUUUGUUAGUUUAAAUAUUAGUUACAUGACAUUGUAUAUAAUUACAAAUAAUUUUAAUAACAUUCUAUGCUCAUGUUAGUUAAUUAAAGUAUAGUAGAAAGAUGGUGACAGACAGCAGGUUUCCAUAAUUUAUAUAACUGAAAGAAUGUUUCAUACAGUUGUUGCAAUAUUGGUAAGGAAUUAUGAUCACAGGGUUUAUUCUAGAUCAAAAUAUCAGGUUACUUUGUUCUGAAAUAAGAGCGAGUCAAUCUUACUUUUCUUUAAACAGUGAUAUCUCAAUACCUAUUGCAAAUCAGUUGUGUACUCAGUUUUUAUACACUAUUUUUAUAAUUGUUCAGUUAUGCUUACUAUUCACAUUUCUUAUAAAGUUUAUACUGAUCUUUUUGGAAUUGUUUUUACCAAUGACCACACUUCUGAUAUGGUAUAUGAUAAAUGGUAUUUAUUUAUUGUGUUAAGUGUUGGCUGUGUUCUAGCAAUAGACAUGUUAAUCAACUAGUCAUUCAUCCGCGCACAUGUCUAUAAAGUCACAUGGUUUCUGGAAUAAUUAAAGAGUAACGGUAUAUAUCCCUUGACCAGUUUAUGAAUUUUAGCAUGCUUAACACUCAAUUAAUAUUCAAAACAUAUCCUAACAGAAAAGAAUCUGAUUUUAAAAUAUUAUUUUUUCUUUAUUGUGGAUAAAGCAAUAUUUAUAGUAUUAGACUAUACAUUAACUAGCCACCCAAGGGGAGCAACAAAAUGACACGUAAAUCCAACUCAGUAUAAAAUGUCUGCUUCCAGUUCUUUAAUAAUUGAAACCAAAUCAUAUUUUACAAAAUGUCUGCUCCCGGUUCUUUAAUAUAAGGUUAAAUAUUUAAAAUAAAGUAGAAUAAUAUAUAUUUUUAACGAUUAUUAUAAGAUUGAUAAGAAUUUAUUUUUGUUAAUAAUAAAAUGUUAUGUUUUUGUUAAAUAAUGUACAUGUGGUGAGUUUGCACGUAGUAUUGUAUUAGGGUAUGUGGCUGUGAAAGUUGUAAAUGAAUUAAGAAGAAUUAGUUGGAUUUAUAUUGAUUUGGGAUGUGGGUUAAAACAUAGUAAUAUUAUAUAAGAUUAUAAGAAUAGACUGUUUGUUAUGACAUAACUGUGCCUUAUAAUAAAAUGUUACAGUUAA